GAAAUAUAACAAUGUCAGAAAAAAAAAUAUAUUGACGCGUACAGUUUCAUUUUUUCGGCUAAGUAAAAUUAACAUAAUAUUUAAUAUCCAAGAACAAUGCUCUACACAUCGAAUAUGGCGAAAUACUUGUACCAUCGUAGUCAAUGCCUUAUUAAAAGCACCAACAAUCCACUCAAGAAUAUAACGAGGACGACUAUAAUUCCAAACGCAGUACCUAUACCCGAAAAUAAUCUGGACAAGGAUAUGCUUCGAAACCUGCGUAUAGCCGUCUCACCGAGCUAUGGUCACGGAUCUAAUUCCUACGCGACCAACAAAUGCACCAGCACAUCUACUCUAGCUGGUGAUCCAAAACGCUUGAGUAACAUCCAGGACAUAAGAGCGGAAAUUCUUGAGAAAUGGGUCAAAAGGCCUCAGCCAGAUAUUCACAAAGAGUGGUUAAAAAAUAUUAUGUUCAAUUAAAAUUACUUAGUAUUCACUGCCAACCAAUAGCUGUAAAGUUCUCUAUAUUAAUUGUAAAAAGUAUAACAGCAAUCCGAGUAUUGGAUGAGUAAAGAUUUAACUACUCCUUGACCAUUCACAGUUAAAAUUUAAAAUUAAAUAAUUACUGUAUUUAUUUUAUAUGGUUGACGAAAUUAAGGGGGCAGUAUAUAGAAUAGGCAUAGAAAAGGUUAAUAUACAAGUCACCUUUCUCUACAGAAAAUAUAAGGGGAAAAUAUGACCUUAUGGUUUUUAACAAUCCCAUUUGUAAUGAAUGACUUUUUCCAAAACUGUCUGCCUAUUACCAGCUCUGAUUGGGCACUGUUAUUAGUGAAGUUUUAAUGAGUUAUUUUUAAGUGUAUCACGUCUUAAACAUAAUAGAUAAUUUACAGAUAUUGGUUGAUUAAACAUUAGGCUCUAAAAUCAAACAUCUGUUCAACAAACAAAUAAAACAGGUUUUUGAAUAAA